GCUGGAGUUCCACAGGGAUCUGUGCUAGGGCCAUCUCUAUUCAAUAUCUACUGUCACGAUAUACCAACACCGCAACACUGCCAUCUAGCAAUGUUCGCAGAUGACACUGCAAUAAUAACGCAAAACCAAACUCUUGAAUCUUCAAUAAGAGACCAACAAGGCUCUCUAGAUGAACUAUCCCUUUGGUUCUCAAAAUGGAAACUAACACUAAACCCAACCAAAAGCGAAGCAAACAUAUUUACACUCAGAAAAUACAUAAAUACGACCCUACUUCAAAUAAACAAUAAAGAAAUCAUCUGGAGUAACAAAGACGACACA